AUGCUACCACACUCCCUAUUAUGUCUUCUCUUUGUCGCAACAUCCUCCGCAGCUUUUAUUCCACCGCCACCGCGACCCAUCCCAAGACCUAUAACACCAGACGAACCCCUCUCGCCUAUUGUGCCCAAUGAACCCCAAGUACCAGCAGCAAGACCAAACCGGCCAAAACCAGAAGUACCAGAAACACCUGACGCACCUGACAACAACUCACAAGAUUCAAAUACAAACACGCCGACGGGGUUAUUUGUCCCGUAUCCAACUAAAACGGCAACCUUGUCACCUGCAGAGGCCUGGCAAUCCUUUCUUGAUUCGACGGCAACGGCAACUUCUACAGCAGGAUAUGGCUCUUCUAGUACGGCGCGGGCAAGCAAAACAGCGAAGCACUCUGCUUCGUCGACAUCGAGUGUGACGGCGCCGGUGGAAGGAGAGGCAGCUAAGAUCGAGGGUAUGGGUAUGAAGCUAUGGGUGGGUAUGACUGGCUUUACGAUUGUGUCAGCAAUGGCCGUUGUCUUUUAG